UGUAUAUUUCAAUUAUAUAACACCUUCACCGUUCCUUGUCUAGAUCACCUGUAAUUUUUACCUGCGGCGGGUCACUAACCUGGGGGUCCACCUUUCACAUCGGUCACCAUUCAGUUAGUUGGCCCUCCGGAACUCGGACACCGUGAAAGUUAGGACAAUGGUUUAUAUGGAAUGUCUGCCUUUUCUGUCGUUUUAGGAUGUAGUUGCUUUAGAGAGGGGAAAAUGAAGGAAACGUCAGAAGGAACCAAAAUGUCGAUGCUGCAGACGAACGGGAUAGGGGGAACACGUAGCACCAUGAAGCGGCACAGUCUUGCGGACAUCGCCGAGGCUUGGAAAGGUUUGUCGCUGUCCAGUGGUAGAAGGGGUUCUAUGACGUCAUGCCGGAUGUCGGUCGGUAACGCUUUGGACUGCGCAGCGCGCCAUGAAUUCUUAGAAAGCAUUCAGAUAGCAAUUAUACAGUUGUUUCAAAAGAAACCUCUACAAGAAUGUGAACUGGUACAGAUACAAGACAAUGUCAGGAAUUUGGUGGAUUCCGAGGCAGGUCCCCUUAUCUACGAUUUCUUCAAGGAUAAAUUAUUGAAGAAAGGAAUGGUGAUACUACGUGAAUUUAUGAAGAAUGAUUUAGGUUUGGUACUUCUGAAGAAAAUGAGUGACCAGUGGAACUAUUUUUAUACACAGGUUCUUCCCGUACUACAGGCUAUGCUGUAUCCGUUACCGAACAAAGACGUGUCGAUACGAAAGGUCUCAAUGUUGGAAUUCAGAGACGUGGUAGUUCUGAAAGUAGGAAUGGAAGAUACCCUGAAUUCAGUAGCUAGAGAUGAUGUUCCCUCACAAAUAAUACAGAUGCUUUUGGUUCUACAGGGUAUACACGAUGGAUUCCCGCCAAGUGAAAACUACGCGCGACUGGAACGACUGGCUGCGAAAGUAAUUAAUCCGUACUUGGGAUUCUUCGGUUUCUAUGAAGGAUCAUCCAAACCUACAAUAGAAUCAUCUCUUAAACCGACAACAAAAAUCAAACAUUCAGAAAAAACAGAAGCUUAUGAACUCGACAUCAAGACAAACCGUCCCAAACUUACAAAUCCUCUAUCCAUAAAAUCAUUGCAUCACCGUCAUGGAAAUGGACAUAUAUUUAGCCACAUACUUGAACCGGUGGUAGAACAAGACACUAUACGGCGCCAUAGUAUAGACACGUCUCCACGACUUUCGAGUCUUCGUUCCUGACACAGACACCAUGUAGCUGUACAGGCCUGUCUCCACAAAUUUUCAGUGUUCACUCUUCAUUAUGUGCCCUAAAGUUUAGGAAUUUUUUUAUAGUCAGUGUUAUAAACCACAUGCGAACGUUUUUAAACGAUUGCUACACUGCCAACCAUACAUUCCAAUACCCGAGGAAAACCUUAAGACUUCAUGAAGUUAUGGAGGAUAUUUGACACAAAAGAAACAACGUUGUGAUGAGAAUGUGCUUUUUAUUGGAUACGUUUAUAGAAGAAAGGAAGACUUUUUUAAAGAGUGAGAGUGAUGACUGGUUAUACCUUCUCUCUUUCAUUUAAUGGAUAAAAUGCUGGAAGUUUUUAUUGGUGAUUUCAGGAUAUCGUCCCAGUUGUUUGGAGCACACAAUAAACCUAUGUCUUUCACAUAAACUUCAUUUGUUUUCAUUCAACUUCAUUAUUUCAAAUGAUUUUUAUUUUAUUUUCCAGUGAAAUUUUUUAUGCUGUUGAGAAGAUUUAAUGAUAAAUGUUAUAACUUCAA